AUGUUUUCUUUCCGGAGUAUCAUAUUACUACAGCCAUAUCGUCGUCGAGAUUUAAGAAAUAACUUAGCUUCAAGAUUGGGAAUGGAAGAUAAAGCCGGCCAAAAAUGGUUAGCCGAACAUAAAACGCCAGAGUUACCAAAGAAAAGAGUUAGGUUCAACAGUAUUCCAUUAGAUGUAUCAGAUUUCACAAUCGAAGAUAUGCUCAAAGAAUUCGGAACACCUGUUUACAUUAAGUUCUAUGAAAUGAAAGAUGCCAGAUCAUGUAUUGUAGAGUUUGAGGAUUUAUCAAUAAUGGAGAAGAUCAUUAAAAAUUUUAACGGUAAGGAUUUAAAUGGAACUAAACUUGAAGUGGAGAUGUAUGAACAAUAUCCUAAAAAAUCUCCUAGAAAUAAGCCAAGUCGUCCCGACAGUCGUGAUGAUUAUAGUCAGUAUAGAAGAAAUAAUAGCCGCGGAAGUAGAGGAAGUCAUUAUUCAUUAGAGUCAAAGAGCAGUAGACCGGCGUCAUCCCAGAAGAAAACAGCAGAAGAUUUAGAUGCGGAAUUGGAUGCAUAUAUGAAUAGUUAA